AUGUAUACAUCAUGGUUUCUAAUACUCACUUAUAUAAUCUUAAUUCCUGUAUGCGUUGAAAGUGCACCUUACAAUCCAGCUGGGAGAACAGAAUUUAUGUCUGCACUUGUAUCUGAUAAAGUCUAUUAUUAUGCUGGAUAUGAUGAUGGAAUCACAAGAUUUAAUGACUUUUUUUAUAUUGACCUAACGCAACCAUUUUCUAGCUUUUCUCCUCAAUUUCAAUUUAUAAAAAGUUUAGACACUAGGACUAGUGCUACUGCUGUUUCCCAUGCGAAUAAAAUAUACGUUUUUGGUGGUGAUUUUUUUAAUGUUCCUGAUACAAAAACCCCACUUGUUGAAUUUUUCCAAAUUCAAUCACUUUCAACAGAUCCUGUAAUUUCAUAUAUUCCAGACACACCUUCAACUCCAUCUGCAAGAAAAUGGCAUACUUCUGUAAUUAAUCAUGUAAAUGAGAAAAUAUAUGUUUGGGGAGGUGUCAAAGAAAUAGGCCUGGUCAUGAACUAUACAUUUCUUAAUUCCACUCUAAAUGAUGGAAAUAUGUAUAUAUUUGAUAUUGCACUAUCCAUUUGGACUUCAAAUCCUUCGCAACAACAACCUAAUGGUCGUUGCCUUCAUACUGCAACUUUUUUGCCUGAUGGACGAAUAAUUAUGAUUGGUGGUGCCACUAAUUCAGAUGUAGGAAAGCUUGAUGUAUAUGACACGAAAACCAAUGAAUGGUCAAAUAUUAUAGCAACAAAGAAUGGUACCAUUCCUCCAAUUAUUCAUCAUUCAGCAACCCUCUUACAUGACAAUCAGAGUAUAAUAAUAUAUGGAGGUAGCAAUCAAAUUGGAUAUUCUGGUCUUGCAGUUUUGAAUAUUUCAAACUAUAUGUGGACAGUUAUUUCACCAACUGGAAAUGCACCACCCAUAAUUUCAAGUGGUCAUGAAGCUACACUCUAUUCUGAUAUUAUAAUUUUUGCAUUUGGAGAAUCCAUUUUUAAUACUACUCGUCGUGUGAUAACUCCUGUAAUAAGACUUCUCAACAUUUCAAAUUCUCAAUAUAGAUGGGUUGAUUCAUACACUCCACCUCCAAUUCUCAACCAAAAUCAAAAUCCAAGUAAACAAAAUCCAACUACUCAAAAUCCAAGUAAUCAAAAUCCAAGUACUCAAAAUCCAAAUACUCAAACUUCAAAUAACUCAAAUAAAUUUAUUAUUAUUGGAUCUGUUAUUGCUGGAUUAGUAAUAUUAGUAAUAUUAGUAAUUUGGUAUAUUCUUUACAAAAAAAAUCAAAAUGCAAAUAUAGUUAAGAUACCAGGAUCGAGUAAUGGAAUCAUGAAUAACAAGAACAAUGUUUUGAGGAUACCAGGAUCGAGUAAUGAAGAGAUGAAAUCAUAUAUGAUUUAA